GUAGAGUGGAGGGGCUCACUCUGUUCUCUGUUCUCUGUUCUCUUUCCCUAUAGCCCCUCCUACAUUAUUUUCUGUAAAUAUUAUUACAACAACAACACCACCAUCAUUAUUUUCUGUAAAUAACAUAUUACAUACUACUACAUAACAAUAACAUACUUCAAUCUUCCCUUUGUUUUCGUUCGGUUUGUUUCUUACACCUACUCUCUCUCUAGCUUUUCUUUCUCUCUCCUAUUCUGCAAACCUUGUUUUGUUUCGGAUUUUCUGGUAUUAAAAUCUGUCCAACUCUUCACUCUCCAUCUUUUUCAACAUACCAUUAUCGAUUUCGUAUUGCACUCUCUCUUCUCUUCUCACCUCAUCUCAUCUCAUCUCAUCUCCAAUUCAAGCUAGCCACUUUUCUUCUUCUCAGUCUCUUCAAGUUUUUCACAUUUCUUCUCUCUUCCUUUCAUCUCCACUCGCAUCCCUCCAAACCAUAGAGGGAUAAAAAACAUGAAGAAGUUUGUACUCAAGUUAGAUUUGCCAGAUGACAAGGCUAAACAGAAGGCCCUGAAAACAGUCUCAACACUUUCAGGAAUUGAUGCUAUCUCUAUGGACAUGAAGGAGAAGAAAUUGACAGUGAUAGGAACAGUUGAUCCGGUGAAUGUGGUGAGCAAACUUCGGAAGUACUGGCAGACAGACAUAGUGUCAGUAGGUCCAGCAAAGGAGCCUGAGAAGAAGGAGGAGCCGAAGAAAGAAGAGGCAAAGAAGGAGGAAGAGAAGAAGGAAGAGGGAAAGAAGGAGGAGGAAGGCAAAAAGGAAGAGGAGAAAAAGGAAGAGGCAAAGAAGGAAGAGAAAAAAGAAGAGAAGAAAGAAGAAGAGAAAAAAGAAGAGGAGAAGAAGAAAGAGGCACCACCCCCACCCCCAGAUCCAGUUCUAGAGUUGGUAAAGGCUUAUAGGGCUUAUAAUCCACACAUGACCACAUAUUACUAUGUCCAAAGCAUGGAAGAGAAUCCCAAUGCUUGUGCCAUUUGUUAAAACAUCAAGCUGAGGAAGAAACAUGAAGAAAGAAAGACAUAUAUAUAAUAUAUAAUAUAUAUAUAUAUCAAACUUUCUCUACUUGUAAUGGAAUCAAGCCAACUCUUUCAUGAAGAUAGAAAGAAACUGCUUGUAUAUAUUUUGGUGGUGGUGGUGGUGGUGUCUUGUUUAGUUGUUUUGGGAGAUUAGCAAUGUGUAGAGAGAGGAAUAAAAUUUUGGGGGAUUUGUUUUGACAAUGAUCAGAAAUGUAAUCACAGUUGAUGUUAGUUUCCUUUUGAGCUGUUGCAUGUAUGAAGUAGAAGAAUGAAUGAGCAAUUAGUAAGCAGUGUUGUGGUGC